AUGGAAGCCAUCAUGAAGCAAGUCAAACACCAGCUCAAACAAAAAGAGGAGCAAGAGGCAUCAUUAAUCAGACAGCUUGAAGUAUUCAAACGUGAAAAAGAGCAACUACAACAAACAAUACAAAUUUUAUCAUCCUGUUCAGCAUCUAAAGAAGAAGCAGCCAGCAGCUCAACAACAAAGCAACCAAAAGAAGAAAUUCAAGAAAUAUCAUCCGAUGAAAGAGUAUAUGACGAUUGGGGAGUCGCCAAUUCAUAUAUUCUUGGAAAAAAUAUCAUUCACAAAAGCUACAGAACGAAAAAUGAAGCAGAAACCGCAUACAAUAAAGCAUACAAAGCAGUAAUAAAAGAUAACGUCGAAUGUUCAAAAAUAGUUCUCCUAACACCACAAAAACCUAUAUCCAGCUUCACACCACAAAAACCCGUAACCAUCCCAAGAUCCCUUAACCAAUUAAAUGCAAACAUUGCUCUUGAAUCCAUUCUAUCAACAAAAGAAAAAGAAGCCAUGAAAAAACCAUCUGCCAAAAAAUUUGCCGAAUUAUGGGACAGCCUCAUUUCAUACACCGAGGUCCAUUCUUUGAUGGGCUUUUACUCAAUAGCCAGACGCCCAGGUCCUAAAGCAGUCUUCUUAGCCGACCUAUCAGAUCCUAUGACUUUAUGGGAUUAUUUUAUUUAUAGAUUCAUCGACACCAUCUAUCUAGAAGGCACCAAUUUACACUGCAUCAGCGAGUUCCCUUCUGCUGUGCAAACCAUCAUCAGAAAUUAUAAAAUACGAUUUGCAAAACAGGAAAGAGGAUUAUUCAUUAAAAUGCACUCUAGCUACCCAAUUUUUGAUGAAGACUCUCAACUAAUUGUCCCAAGUAUUACUUUCGCAAACAUGGGAAUAAGCAAUGGCUCAAAACCAACAAAAGAUGAUCUAGCACGAGAAUCACCAACACAGGAUCACCUAAUCUUUGCACUCGCCGGUGUUUAUUUAGCAUCAUCACGCAUAGGCAACGGUAAAGAUCAGAAAUCAAGAAUCAGAGUGAACUACGCCAGUAAAACUUUCAUUAUCUAUUCGUUAACAGACAGUGAAAUCAUUCCGGAAGCAAUGAAAGCAAUUGAAACUUUCGAACAACCUUUCGAAAAGUUUUCUCAUCAAUUAGCUGAAUUACCUGCUGAUAUCAAAAAACAACUUUGCAAAUAUAUUAUGCAUGCACCAAGACACAACUGCAGUCACUGUUCAGAAAACACAGAAGAAACACCAUUAAUGGAAGAUUAA